GAAAAACAAAAGACUAGCGGCGAGCGCCGGAACUUCCGGGCAAUGCUUCCCCCGGAAAGAAUUUCGGGCUUUUACAACAAAUAGAUCGAGGGAUAGAGAGUCACGGCAUCAUUUUAUAUACCGGCUGCAUUUCAUUCUGAUUGGAAGUCCGGGCUCUUCAUCACAAGUUUCUUCUGUCUGUAUCUGACUAUUUACAGGAAACCAACAGAAGGAAGUGGGAGGAUGAAUAGACCCGGAAAGGGAGUUGUAGCUGACCGAUGGGAGAGGACUUCUCCUGUGAUGCUGUCGCCUUAAAGGAGAUUUUAACAAGAUCUUUGGGCAGUUAUGGAUGAAGAUCUUAGCUGCCAACAAGGAGCAACAAUAACUGGAACCUCUGACAUGCUCUUCUCCUUUGGAGUCAUAGCAGAUAUUCAGUAUGCUGAUCUAGAAGAUGGCUAUGAUUAUUUGGAAGUCCGACAGAGAUACUACAGGCAUAGCUUGCAACACCUCCAAAAUGCAAUUAAAGAUUGGAAUGGGGAAAAAGUUCGCCCUCAGUUUGUGUUACAGCUUGGGGACAUCAUUGAUGGCUUUAAUGCCCAAUAUAGCACAUCAGAGAAGGCACUGUCAAGAGUCAUGAAAAAAUUUAAGAAGCUCAGCGCCCCAGUCCAUCAUAUAUGGGGCAAUCAUGAAUUGUAUAACUUCAGCAGAAGCUAUCUAGAAAAAUCUGUGCUGAACAGCAAAUAUUUACAAGAUCAGACUUUGCUUAGCAAUUUUGCUGGAGACCAGACCACCACAGAAGCAUCUGCAGAAUUUUAUUAUGCUUAUCAUUUUUGCCCAAAGACUAAAUUUCGAUUCAUUCUUCUUGAUACUUAUGAUUUAAGUAUUCUGGGGAGGGACCCCUCUACCAAAAAAUACCAGGAUUCUCUGUGCCUCCUGCGAGAAAAGAAUCCAAACAAGAAUUUGAAUAGUCCAGUAGGCCUUACAGAUUAUCAAUUUGUACAGUUCAAUGGAGGGUUCAGCCAAGACCAACUGGAUUGGGUCAAUGAAGUUCUUGCAUAUGCUGACAAACAUCAAGAAAGAGUUGUGAUAGCAGGGCACAUACCUAUCCACCCACAUUCUUCAAACAAUGUCUGCCUUGCUUGGAACUAUGAGGAGGCCCUUGCUGUCAUCCACUCACAUCCCUCCGUAGUCUGUUACCUUGCAGGUCACCUUCAUGUGGGUGGUUACUGUUUAGACUCUCAUGGAGUCCAUCAUAUUACUCUUGAAGGAAUCAUUGAAACUCCUCCUGACAGUAAUGCUUUUGGAACUGUGUUUGUCUAUGAUGACAGGAUGGUAUUAAAAGGACGAGGCAGAGUUCCAGAUCUGGUGAUGCAUUAUCGAAAAGAUCACAGUGCAGCGUCCUGUAAUGAUACAGUUGAAAUCACUGUGGCAGAGUAAUUAUUUGACGCUCAUUCCAAUAUACCCUUGGAAAGUGUGUUGAACACAGGUGGUGACUACUGGAAUGGCAUGCGAACUAAAUAGUGGACUACUCAGUGAAGUAAGGAGUAGAAAAUAAUUCCAUCUUCACAUGCAAACAUGAAAUAAAAGUGCUUGAAUUGCAGAUCUUUGCUUUACAAAUUUAAAUAGGAAUAUCUAUCCUAGUGUGGUAAGUGUAUUUUACUGUUGUGCCUAAAACAUAAUCUAUGGAAUUUUUACUGAUUGCACUGCCAAUGCAUUACACUUUACCAAAAGCUUAUAGCCAAGAAAUGAGUGCAAUUGCCAAAGAACUUGUUGCCCCCUUAGGUCACAGGGCAGCAGUGAUAGUAGAAGACUCAGCUGACAAUAUGUCCCUGUCAUGCAACCAUUAAAACAGGGGUCUUCAAACUAUGGCCCUCCAGAUGUUUAUGGACUACAGUUCCCAUCAGCCCCUGCCAGCAUGGCCAAGUGGUAGGGCUCAUGGGAAUUGUAGUCUGUGAACAUCUGGAGGGCCGUAGUUUGAAGACCCCUGCAUUAAAAGAACAGCAGUGAAAGAAGGGUCUUUGCGAUAGACCUAGCAAUGUCCUUGGCGUCCUAUCCCCAGCCUUGUCUCAUUAUUUUCUGCCACUUGUGCAUAGCCUCUGCUGUCUCAUGUGAAGUUUUGCACCAGUCCUCUCUCCUUGGCUGCUUCAUUGUUCACUUCUCAUAACCACUUGUGAUUUCUUCAGGUUCAUUUUUCAGGCCACAGUAUUUGUCCCCAGUUCCUUCAGCCAACCUCCUUUUGUAAGAUUUUCUAGAACUUAGCAGAAGCUCUAAGAGAGGUUUCUGCAGAGUUCCACCUUGUUUCAGUCUCCCAUCUGUUUGCCUGGCAUUCUGUAAUAUCGAUUCUUGGCAGUUUAGAAUGGUCAUUUCAGUGUAGCCUGUGUCAGAGGCUUCACUACUGCUAAAAAAACACAAUACAAAACAGAUACCGUGUGCCUACUACAGGUUAUGUACGUAUUAAAAACCCUCUCAGUGGAGUCUAUUUCCAAUUAAAUGUACUAACAGCCACAGUUUAAGGCUGCAAUGGUUUGUUAUGCUUACUCCUAACAUUAUCCACCUGUUUGUGUAUUAUCAGUUUCAUCUUUUAUCCCACUUUGAAGCUUGUUAUACUUUCUCCUCCCCACAUCCAUGUUAUCCUCAUAGCAGCCCUGCAAGGCAGGUUAGGCUGAGAGAGACUAAAGGGUUCAAUGUUGGUUGGUACCAGUCUCGUUAGACCAAAUUAAUUCUUCUUGGAGCCUAGCGGCAUAACAAAGUGUACAGUAUAUGAAAUGAAUCAUGGAGGUAGAUACAUGGGUAGGGCUUUCUUGACUGUUGCACAAAGCCUAUGGAACUCCCUGCCUCGGGAGGUCUGACUGACUCCUUCGUUGCUGUCCUUUAGAUGCUAUAUGAAGAUUUUAUUGUUUCAGAGUGCCUUCUGUUGGAGAAUCAAAUUGUUUAUGUUUGUGCUGCUGGUCAGCUUUUCUGAAGGACUUGGAAAAAGAAGGGUUCUAUAUAAUAUUUUUAUGAUGGGUUGUGAGUGGCUGCUGCAUUGAUUAGCUGCUUAGAAACCCCGACGCUGUGGAAAAGAUUGGGUAUAAGUAUUUUAAUAUAUAUUAAGGAUUUAAGAUGAUUUUUACCGUAGAAUUUCUAGUAAAGAAUAAUUGACCUGACAUCUAAGGUAAAAAAAUCUGUUAAUUCCUGACUUCAGAGUUUAGUACAACUGGUGGUUUUAGUCUCUUAAGGGCUAGGAGAGAGAUCUCUGCGAAAGAUCUGUCCAAGCCCUUUGAGAACAGGCAUCCUGUGAAAAACCCUAUGAAAAAUACCCUGUGGUGUUGAAAAGUAACUUCCAACUGGGAAGAACAAGAGAUUUUAAAAAGUUUACCAUCUGAAAAUGAGAAUUAAGUUAGCUGAUAACCUGAACAUUUGCAGAAAGUGUAAAACCUCCUCUAGUUAUUUCUAUAUGCAGUAUGGGUUCAAGUCUGGUAGCGGCCGCUAGUAACCAUAAUGCUGUGCCUCACAUUGUAGAUUGACACACAGCAUUUGAAGAGACUGUGUGGAUUUUUUUUAAAAGGUAGGCUCCCUGAUUUGGGAUGAAGGCCAAUAACAUAUCAAUGUGUAUUUUGGUUAGAGAAAACACAUUGCUCUACAUCCUGUAAAAAUCUUUUGGAAAAAGAAGAAAUCAGCCUGCUGUUUGUCCUGAAAAUCAUCUCUGAGGAUCAGGGGACCUCAAAUGCACCACAGCAUAAGGGGCUGUAGUGAGGAGGGUACUUGGGUGAAAUUGCCUCCUCCUCCCAACUCCACUGGUUCAUGCUGUUUGGCAAGAUAUCUAAACAGAAUGCGUUGCACUUUAAGAGAUAUGAAUAAUUGCUCUGAUAAUAUUGCUGAUUUUUUUUAAAUCACUGAAGGUUUGUAUUGAAUAAAAGCACUUCUACAGUUUCCU